UGUAUAAAACGCGCGCUCCGGCGGCCAAGAAACGCGCGCGCCACAGGGAGUGGGAAGCCAUGGAGGCGGAUCUCGCGGAGGCCGAGCAGGAGCAGGAGCAGGGCAAGGACGCGGCGGCCAGGCUCACCUACGAGAUCUUCUCCAUCCUCGAGAGCAAGUUCCUCUUCGGCUGCGACGUACCCGAGCUCCUCCCCUCCGGCGCCGGGCCCACGCGUGCGUCGGCGGCCGCAGGCAAGGUGUGCGUCCUCUCCAUCGACGGUGGCGAGAGCCCGGUCGACGGGCUCCUCGCCGGCGCAGCGCUCGUGCGGCUCGAGGCCGCGCUGCGGCGGCGCGCGGGCAGCCAAGCCAUGCGGCUCGCCGACUUCUUCGACGUGGCGGCAGGCUCCGGCGCUGGCGGCGUCCUCGCCGCCAUGCUGUUCGCGCGGGGGCCGCGCGGGAGGCCUAUGUACUCGGCCGAGGACGCGCUCGGGUUCCUCCUCUGCCGCGUCCGCUGCGGGUGGUCCGCUCGCGCCGGCGGCCUAGUGCGCCGCCCCGCCGCAGCAGCUUUCGGCAAGGCGUUUGGCGAGCUCACGCUCCGGGACACGAUGCGCCCGGUGCUCGUGCCGUGCUACGACCUCGCCACGAGGGCGCCGUUCCUCUUCUCGCGCGCCGACGCCGCGGAGUCGCCGGCGUACAACUUCCGGCUGCGGGACGUCUGCGCCGCGACGUGCACUGGCGUGGCGAGCGCCGCCGUGGAGGUGCUGUCAGUGGACGGGGGCACACGGAUCGCCGCGGUGGGCAGCGGCGUCGUGCUGGGCAACCCCACGGCCGCGGCGAUCACGCACGUGCUCAACAACCUGCGCGAGUUCCCGGCCGCGGCCAGCAUCGACGACCUCCUCGUCAUGUCCAUCGGUACGGGAGAGGCCGACCGCAAGGCCAACGUCCGCGGCGGUCGCGCGAAGCCGCCGGAGGUCGCCAGGAUCGCCGCCGAGGGCGUCUCCGACAUGGUAGAUCAAGCUGUCGCCAUGGCGUUUGGACACAGCAGGACAACCAAUUACAUCCGCAUCCAGGGCACGUGGCGCCGGCGUGCUGCUGGACGUGCGCUGAGGGUGGCGUGCGGCGGCGAGACGAAACAACAGGCGGUGUGGAAAGCGGAGGAGAUGCUGCUGCAGAAGAGCGUGGAGUCGGUCCUCUUCCAGGGGCGGAAGCUGGCCGGCGAGACCAACGCCGAGAAGCUCGAGCGGUUCGCGUGCGAGCUGGCCAACGAGCACGGGCGGAGGAAGCAGCAGGCCGCUGCGCCGAGCCCCGACCGCUCUUCGGCAGCCACGGAGGCCGUGCUGGAGCAGCCGACGAUGGCGCGGAAGGCAGCCAUGCCGUCGGCCAGUGCCGUCGCAAUGGAGCUCGCGACUGAAGCUCCGCCGCGCCGGCGCCGGCGCACUCGUACGAAUCGUGCCCCGGCGACGUCGCGCCCGGACAACAAUCUCGUCAGCUAGCCAAGCUCUCAGCAGCAUGCAUGCGACAGAUUCCGCAUGCAAUAUUGCAUCCUGCAAGUUUUAAAUUGUUUCAACUGCAUUUUGCUAGUACUCCAUCUCUCUUUUUUUUCUUUUGCUGCUCUUGCAAAUGAGACUGCCAAUUCGUACGAACAAGAGUUUUUGCUCUUCA